AUGUACCGUUACGGCCUUGCACUUCUCUUCUUCAUCUCCUGGGCGCAGAGUACACUGGCUCUUCGCGAGGGACAGUGUGAAGUUUGUGUUGGCGUCCUCAACAAACUGGCCUCGAAACUUGGCGCCGACGAAAAGUCCAACCCCGAGCUUAUUGAGCAACGUUUUCGCGAGCUAUGCCUUGAGACGAAAAAGGCCGAGAACCGAUUUUGCUACUACAUUGGUGGUUUAGAAGAGUCCGCAACUAAGAUUCUUGGCGAAAUGUCCAAGCCUUUAAGUUGGAGCAUGCCAGCUGAUAAAAUUUGCGAAAAGCUGAUGAAAAAAGAUCCUCAAAUCUGCGACCUUCGUUACGAGAAAACGAUUGACUUGAAGACUGUUGAUCUGAAGAAGCUUCGCGUCAAAGACUUGAAGAAAAUCUUGUCUGACUGGGACGAGGUGUGCGACGGCUGCAUCGAGAAGGCUGAAUUCAUCAACCGAAUUGAGCUGCUUAAACCAAAGUAUGUUCGAGAAGAGUUAUGA